AAAAAAUAUUUUUAGUUCCCUAGAAUCCUACUCUUCCCUAACAGCAAAUUCGUUAAUGUUAAAAACAGCACUAGAAACUCCCGAAUCUGUUGGUGACCAAGAUGAGGAUGAAGAUGAUUUUAUAUUAGAAAUAAAUUCAUUACCAACAACAAGGGGAACAACAACAACCUCUCCCUCCCCUUUAACUGAAUCAACAACAAGCAAACAUCGACAUUCUGGACUAAGACGGAUUAAGGCAGAUUUAAGAAGAAUUCCUUCUUCCUCUACCUCCACAUACGAAAAUUCAAACAGCGAGGAACCCUUAAAUAAUAUAUUAACAACAGCACCUCCCAGAAAGCUACGUUCUGCAGUUAAUGUUGUUGCUAUACAACAAGAACAACAACAACAAAAUUUAAAAAAUAAUGGAGGUCAUUACAGCACUCAUCACCAACAUCAUAGGAGGAGAAGAAAAGGCUGCCCUUCAGUUCACGGCAAAGAUCAAUUGCUCUGUCCUACAAAGAAUACUUAUAGAUAUGAUGUCUGCAUUACGCGUGAACAACUUUGCGACCGAAUCAGAGACUGUCCAGGGGGAGAAGACGAGGACCCAAGGCAUUGCUUUUUCUUCAGACCGUUGGAGUCUUCACUGAAGACACUUUCACAUGCUGUUCUUCUACUUGUUGACACUGUAAUGCGAGAACAAGAAGAGAAUCAACAUUUGGAACAACGCAACGAGCUUUGAAUUUUUAGAUUUUAAAGAAUAAUUUUAAAAUAGUCUCAGGAGGCCAUUCAUUCAUUUAAAUUUUAUUUUAUAGUGCCAAAAAUCAAAAAACCUCUAUAUAAUCAACGCCCAUUAUAAGGUAUCUUCAGCCAACCUGGUCAGAGAAUAUUCAUUCACUUCUAUAAACCCCCCCUUAAUAACAACAUCCCUCUAUAGGCGACUCCCCUCUAUCCCUUCGAGUCGCUUUUAGUGAGAGUUUGUUGUAUAGAGGUUAAACUCUCAUUAUAAGGGACAUUCUGCCUAUUGAUCAAGGAGUAUUCAUUCACUUUUAUAAACCCCUUAAUAAUGACAUCCCUCUAUAGGCGACAGUUCCCUUCCCAUCCCUCCGAGUCGCUUAUAAUGAGAGUCUAUUAUAUAGAGGUUGAAUUUAAAUUAAAUAGAAAAUUUAUUCUCAUUGAUCUCUUUCAAAUAUAUUUUCAUUUUUUCCUUAUCAUUUUAUCGCUCUUUAUCAUUUUUUAUCAUUUUUAUAUUUUUCUCCUUUUUUAUUGUGUCAUUCCUCACCUCAGAUUUUUA